AUGAAAUUGCUUUUGCCGUUGUUCCUCUUGAUCUCGUCGACAUCCGCCCUCGUGUGCUAUAAUGACACGAGCGCCAACUCGUACGUGCACACGGACGCCAAGUCCAAUUGCACAUCGGACAGCACUAAAUAUUGCUUCAAAGACACCAAUAAGAACGACAAUGACAAAUCGGUGUCCGCGUCAUGGGGCUGCGCGGACGAGUGCAAAGCUUCAUCGACACACAAGAAUGGCCUUGAAAACCAUCACUAUUGCUGUACAAAGGACUACUGUAACAUUGCCGUGCACGCCUCGAUUUUCGGAUUUGUCGCCGUUUUUAUUUUCCAGUUAUUCCGC